GCGGCCUCCGCUGCAUCGCGGGAAGAGCUCGAGCUCGCCGCGCUCCUUGAGGUUAGCGUGAAGGCCAAGGACGCAGACAAGGUGUUUGAGUAUAUGCACAAGCUGCGGUGAGCUAUCGGCUGUGUGACAAAGGAGAUCGCCAAGGGGGAGGGGUGGUUCUGGAGCUGGUAAGGCUGGUGACCCUCGACCUCUGCAUGACGCUGGCCCUAUCCCACGCCUCUGGAGGCCCUCGCAGCCGCUGGGAGCUGGGGGGCGUUCCUCCACAAAACCUUGAUCUGGAGCUUCGACAACGCAGGCCUCCAUGUUGGGCCGAGGAGGAGAAGAAGGGGAAGAAGGGGGGCACGUCGGGGGUGCUGGUCGAGCGUGCCAUCGAGGACGUUGAUGACGGCAGCAUGGGCGAGGCCGGGGAGGAGAUCAUGGUUGAUGCUUUACCGCCUGGAUUUGUUGACCUGGAACAAGAGGGUAAGGUGGAUGUGAGAACGGAAGCGCACGCCGUGGUGCAGGAUGUCGUGGUGUCCGAAGCACCUGAGGUGCCGGAACCAGAGGUGAAGAGUGAGGAGGUGGUGGUCCGGGACACAACCAAGGUGCAUCCUGUGCAUCAACCAGAGACGAAGGCCGAUGAGGUGCAGGUCAGGGAUACGGACAAGGCUGUUCUGGUGCAGGAAAUGGAAGCAAAGGGUGAGGUGUCACGGUUUCGUGAGGCAGCUGGUGCACAGACUACAGAGGUACAUAACAUUUCUUCUUGUUUACCAUCCAUCCCCAACAUUUUGAAGCUAUGA